GGAGACAAAUCUCAAUCCUCUUUUGACAGAUCUCUUCACGACACAAAUCCAGAUUUUUCGAAAAAAAUGGGUGACUUUCAGUACUAAUCCCCUCCUAAAAUGAUAAUCAGCACAACAAAACAGUAAUAAUAUGUGAGGAAAUAGCAGAAACACAGUCAAAGGAUAUCAUUCUUCAACUAUGCAGUGCAACCCGCCAUUGUGCGGUGCUGUUUUUCCAGGCCUUGGACAGUAUCAUUGUUGCAACCAACCAUUACCGCAAUACUCAGUCUACCCAGAAAUAAUCGGAGAAGGCGAAGUGGUAUCGGUAGUAUUUCCUGAUGGGAGUAUCCAAUUAUACUUCAUGUCUAUAAACAAACGGUUCCCUCCAGCAUGUCACCCUCAUUCGAAUUACCACCCAUGUUUCAAUAAUGGUACCGGAGCAUAUUACGUUAGAAGCAUCUCUAAUCCAAUACCGUCUUCUAUGUUCAAUCAACAAUGCCAACAAAUAUAUUCCGGUAGGUUUCCAAGACCGUGUUACAACUCCGACUGGAAUAUGAACAUACCUCCUCCUGGAUUCCAAUUGAAGUUUCAUAACGACUGUUGGACUUCGACAACUGAUCUACAUUAUUUUUUCCCUUGUCUACGUCAAUGUGAUUGGUUUCCUGCGACUCAACUCAAAGGAUGCGCGUCGGUCCAGGUGGAUAUACCUAUGAAAGCAACUACCUUCUGCAAUCAAGAAGUCAGCUGCGCAAAGCCUUGCAUUUGCUCGAUCAGUGAUGACGAAAGUUGGUCAGGAACCGAAAACGUGGAAUGUCACUGCGACAAAGUUGGGAAACCUCGACGAAGCAGAAGCUGCGUUACGGAAAAGCAACAUGGUUCCAAGACGCGUUUAAAAAUAAGAAAGAGUAAAAAGAGACUAAAAUCUAAGAAGAGCAAAGUGGUGUGUGAAUGUAAAGAGCAGAGUACCACGGACAAGUCUAUAACAACUUAUGCUGAUCAGGCCAGCUGCGCCGCCGAGAGCGAGCGUAAUACGCAGACUUGCCGCUCGUGCACCACAGCCACUUCGGUACGCGGCGGAAGUAGUAUCGCUAACAGAAGUCACGUCAAAACUGAACUUUGGUUCCCUAAAAUAAAAAGUUCACCAAAAGAAGACGCAAUGCAAUCGAAAUCAUCAGAAAAAAUAAUCGGAGUUUAUGAAACCACGUGCAGUUCCGCAACUUGCUGCUGCUCGACCGACACGGACACCCGAGACGCGUAGAAAUAAUAACAAACACAGACUGUUUUUGGGAUUUAUAUUUUGUUAUCGUACAUUUUUAUGACUUAACAUACAUGUAUUUACAAUGAAGUACAUACGAGAAAUAUAAUACAGAAUUAAACAAAACAAACUUUUCAUUUUAAGUAGCUGAGAUUUCCGAUAGGAGUUCAAAAUAUAACAAUAUGCCUGCAAUCAUUGUAAUGAAGAAAUAUAUUAAAGGAGUUUAGUGAAUAUAUCAUUUUUCAGACUAGAACUCCGUUGUACAACCAUACUUCAUCUUCAAAAGUUAGCAAAUCACACAGUAAAUAAGAUAGGAAGACCAAGACAUUAAAACAAUCGCGUCAUUUUACUUUUGAAAUAUG